AUCGUCUAAAUCUCGGUUCAACCAUGAUUGAUGAUUUUUUCAAUGAAAUUUUCAACUAAAGGGCAUGUUUGAUAGUUUUUUCAAAUUACAAGGACAUGUUUGAUGAAAAAAUAAUAAAGGGGCAUGUUUGAUAAAAUGUCAUAGUAGAGAAGCAUAUUAUACGAUACAACGGAUUCAUUUAGAGGAGCAUAUUAUGAUCAUCGAUAUGCCGAGUACAAAACUAAGUUAAACAGAGAACAAUUUUGUGAAGUUGUCACUUGAGGACCUAUGAGUAGACACUGAAGAGAUCAUGAUAGUUAUCCAAACAGCAGAUUCAUUUAGAAUGAUGAUGUCAUCAUAUCUAAGAUUAUUUUUUUUUUAUCUACGGCCAUUUUUUUACAUAUCUAUCAGACUAUCACGUCAAAAACAAUUUUCACCCUCUCUCGCAGUCGCUAAAGUUUUCAAAUUAAGGAAACCAAAAAAAAAAAAAAACUGACUGGUUUCCGGAACCCUAAUUCCCUCUUUUAUAAAGAAUCAAUACGCCAUCUGAGGUCUCUCAAUUUCGGCCGGGGGGAGGAAGGCAGCGUCGGCAAACAGCUGAACGACUUGCCAAAACUGGUUAGCAACUAGCAAGGAGACAGGGAGUGGCGGGCGUGGUUCGUGGGGGGUUUGAGCUAGAGGAUGGUCGGGGGAGGUGCCGGCGGGAGGACGAAUGACCAGGUGGUUCUGAACAGUACGAAUGUCUUUGCUGCGCUCGACACUUUGAGGAAGAAGAAGAAGAGCUCGAGCUCCUCUGCUGCGAAUUCCGGGAAGGAUCGACACGGCUUGUCUAAAUCGAAAUCGAGCAAGGAUGGUGAUAAGGAGUCGGAGAAGGUGUUCUGGUCGCCGGCGCCGCUAAACUCGAAAUCCUGGGCUGAUGUUGACGACGAAGAUGAUGAUGAUUACUUCGCCACUACUGCCCCUCCCGCUGUGGUCUGGGGUGAGGAUGAUGCUGGUGGCAAGCCUGAAAAGGAGGCCGUGGAGGAAAGUGAGAGUGAUGAAGAGGAUCUUGAUGAAAUUGAUGAUGAUGUGGAGGAAGAACAUGAACACGAGCCUGAAAUAGCCACCGAAGUCGAGCCAGUUAAGAAGCAACCCGAGACUCCCUUAGCUCCCAAAGAAUCAGAAAGGCAACUUUCGAAGAAAGAGUUGAAGAAAAAAGAGCUUGAAGAACUUGAUGCUGUUCUUGCUGAACUAGGAUAUGCCAAACCGGAGUCUAGUAGUCAAGAAGUCUCUGAUGAUGUUUCACAAGAGAAGAAAGCAGACAACAAUGGGCAAGUGAAGAAUGAAAAUGCUCCAGGUGAGAGCAAGAGUGCCAAAAAGAAGAAGAAGAAGGAAAAGACAUCAAAAGAAGCCCCCAAGGAUUCCGAAGAUCAGUCUCAAAGUGCAGGUGUCAUCGGAGAUGUCCCAGCAAGUAGCACUGCUGAAGCCGAAAAGUCUGAUGAUGCAUCCAACGGUGUCGAUGUGAAAGAGCGGUUGAAGAAAGUGGCGGCCAAAAAGAAGAAAUCAAGCAAAGAAGUAGAUGCUGCUGCCAAGGCUGCCGCCAGUGAGGCUGCUGCCAGGCGAGCAAAGGUUGCUGCCGCAUCGAAGAAGAAGGAGAAGGCUCACUACAAUCAGCAGCCAGUGCGGUAAGCCAAGCAAAAGAAAAUUUUGUCCUCAGUACUUGUGUUUGAUUUUGAUAACGCAAGUAGUACCUCAGGAUAAGGAUUGAUGUCGCGAUAUCAAUGGCAACUUUUUUUUGAGAAGGGAUAGAAAGAUACUUGUUCGUUUUAGCUCUUCACAUGUCCUGGUUUUGUUGGGAAUGCUGAACCUGGUGCUUUCUUAAACAGCCUAAUAUGAAAUGACAGGUUCCGUGGUUCAUUUCUAUGUAGUUUCUGUUCUUCCAAGUUUGUUCUUUCAUCAAUGACCACUUCCAUGCCUUUGUUGUAUCAUGAGCAGUUAUUAUCAGUAAACAACUUUCAGUUCUUCCUCAUGUCUGCACUUCCGAGUUGCUGAGAAAAGAGUCUAAUGUUUAAACCAAGGGUCCAAAGGCAUAUAUAUGGGUUUGCCCGUGUCAUGGUUCGACCAUAAAGGUGGCAGAUGAAACGGGUCGCAGGAUUCGAUCAUAGUGGCUUCGGUUAAUAUCUAUUGCCACCGGAGUCUGGGUCGUAACAACUAUGCGCCAUGAAAGAGGUUUCUAUAUAUAAUCCGAGUCGGAUGGAGUGUUUAUUACCGUGUGUUUGGGAGGUUUGGAGAAACUUCGACGACUCGAAUCAAAGCCAUACGGUUCCUUGGUUUAUGGUGCGUCGUAAUGGAGCAAACGACUCGCGGCGACCCUUUCGUUUCUAACGUUUGCUCGAACGAAAAAUCAACCAACGUGAUUCUGGACCGGACCAAAAUCAUCAUUGAUGCUCCUCCGGUCACGAACCAACCAACCGUUACCUUGGAGGCUGGACCAUAAACUUGCGCACUUUCCUCCUCGUGCCUGCAAUGAAUUCUUCCUCCCUUCCAGCUGGGGCCGUGUGAAGGCAAAGUGCACUACAAGCAAAACUCAAAUUGUAGUUGUAGGGCAGGCGCUAAAUGGUAGGCUGGGGGAGCGCCAUGGCCAUUCAUGUCGGCAUCACUGGACAAAAACCAGAGGUUGCCAAAACCAGCAAAAUCACGGACCGUGAACCCAGACCAGACCCAAUUUGCCAGGGCCUUUUGUGGGUGGAAAUUAAAUAUCCUAGUGCAAGUGGAGAUAAUGCUCCACUAGUGCAGGAAAGAAACAGAGGUGGGUUGCUCUGUUUUUAUGGUGUUUUGUUCUUUUUGGAGGCAUUCAGUGUUCUAGAGAUUGUAGUUUGACUCUUUAUCAACAACCAACCAACCAUGAAGCGUACCGAGAUUGAUUUACUGCGUUACAAUUUAAGACUAUUAAGGGUUAAUUAAUGUCAACAUCCAUUCGAUCCUCUAGUUGUUCCAGAAUUUUCAACUUUUUGGUGCUUUGGUCUUCCCCUACCAAUUGUAAACAAUGAUAUGUAGUCUUAAUCAAUAAAUUUAUUCAUCCCCAUUUAUGAUUUGUUUUAGAAACAUAGAAAUUGCAACCCUUUCGAGCAAUUCGUUAUUUGGGUCUCUGUGAAGUUUCUCGGUUGAUAAACGGGUCGUUGAACUUUUUAACCAACUCGUUUCUGUACCAAAUGAAAUGUGCUUUGUUGGUGUGUUUUUUUUUUUUACAUUACAUUAUAUAUUUUGUGAUGAUGGUGGCCUCCCUAUUCAUCUCUCGUCCGAGCAGUUUGUGUGCGAGUGAGAUUGACUGUUGAAUCCUGUAAUCAUAAGCACGUGUUCAUGCAUUCUUAGUUGUACAACUGAGAAUUGGGAUUAUUGUGCUUUGUUCGGCAAAUGCAAGGACAUUCGAAAACCCGCUUAUUUUUCCAUGGAUCAUGUGCCUCGUCAUAACCUUGUGAUUCUUGAUCUGGCAAUGAAAAUUAAGAAAGUGAAAGGAAAUACCAAAAUGAGAAGGGAAAAAAAGGGGCCUAUGCUUCAGGUCUUUAAACGGCUGAGCAUUGUUGGAUUGGAUAAAUAAUUUGAUCAAUCAACAAAAGUUGGCGAAAUGCUAACCAAAAUGUUUCAUUUCAUUAGUCAGUUAGUUAAUGUGAGUGCGUGGCAGAGGACACGUGUACGCAUGUGAAAGGGUCGACUAAGAGCCAGGGAUAGGAUUCAAAUGAUAAAGGAUGGAAUAUGAUGACGUCAUUGCGUCCCAAUGGAUUAAACAAAAAAAAAUGAAAACAAAAGAUAAUGCUUGCCGUCAAAGGAGCCUAGAAGCUUUUUUAUGUGGUUAAUUAAAAACGUGGAUGGCGAAAACAGAGGGCCAAAAAAUGACAAAAGGAGGUGCCACGAUGGAUCGGGUUUUCCGAUAAGACCAACUGGAUUGUGGGCCUGAAUUCUCCCCCGCCCGCCAAUUGCCCAAAUGGGCCCAGUUGGUUUCUCGCCCGCUCACACUCACACUGUCCCUAGUAGUUGCUUUCGUUCUUCUUUCAUCUUUGACUCGAAACCAUCACUAUGCUCAUUUACCAUCUUGCCCAUUACCCCUUUCAUUUUGUCUCUUCUCCAACUAUAUUGUAUUAAAGCAAAAUUUACCAAAUUGUAUGGAUGAUAAUGGAUUGGUCGAUUGUACACCGGAAUAAUCAUAUGAUUCUUUU